GAGAGAGAGAGAGAGAAAUCUUGAGUCGUAAGUCGUGCGAUGCGCCGCGCCGCUAGGCCGUUCGCGCGCUGAGAGUGCCGAACUUCCGGGAGGUGUCCCGCGAGUGUGCGCGCGUGGAAUGAAGAUGUGACUUCCUGAGCGAGCGGCGCGCUCUCUGUGAUCCUCCGGCUCUCGGCCGCCUCGCGUCACGCGACGACAUUGUCUCUCGGACUCGACGGCAGCCGGUGGCGUGAGAGAGAGAGAGAGUGAGAGAGAGAGAGAGAGGGGGGGGAGGAAAGGCGGCUGAUCGAGUCUUCGUUGCUCGCGAGGCUCUCCGCCACCCUCGGACUCCGCACGGAGCCCUCUCGCCGGAUGACCGUGAGGUAAAAGUCGCCAAGGAUCGAACGUGUGUCCUCGGGAGUACACGUGCCGCGGAGACACGCAGCUGGCCUUCGGAGAGACGAAGAGAAUUCAAUGUCCGGAAAAAGCCCAGCAGUAAGACUUUCCUGGUGAGUGCAUCCUCACAUACAUGGAGUUUCAGUUGGAUAGCGCAGAAUACUGCCAGGCUCAACACAAAUAGAGAGAUACGCCCGCACUCUCGCUGAGGACUAUUAGGUACUGUUGAAGCGAGCAGAGGGAGGGUUAUAGACACGUCUCGGAGAGAGAAGAAAGGUGGACACACGUUGAAGUAGAGAAUUAUCACACACACAUACACACACACACUCACUCACUCAUUCACUCACUCAUUCAUUCACUCACUUACACACACACACACACACAUAUACACACGGACACACGCUCUCACAUACACAGCCGGGGGGAGCUGGAAACAGAAAAGGCAUCAACUAGUCAUCACGCAAGGCGUAGGAGAAUUUUAAUAGAAACAAUUAUUAAUUUACAUUAGUAGAUGCAAGCAUCGUAGUUACUGAGCGCACCUGUCACACGGGAGCACCCAGUGCCAAAUAGAUAAUCUUCCGAGUCAUAGUCGAAAGUCUCUCAAGUGGGAAAGAGUAAAGCGCAUAUCAACACCGCCUAAUGUAACGUAGCCCUUACCCUUUCGGCGAGAUUCGCAUCCCGACAACCUCUCUCGAAGUCUACAUGUAAACCCACGGUUCUGUCCUCUGUAAAAAAAUAAGGGAUAAUUCUUAUUAGUUAAAUGAGAAGCAACUUUAUAAGACUGACAUUUAAUGGGCUAAGUUGUCAAAUCCAGCCUUUGUCGCUUCGUAUAGUGUGGCACACGUACGAGACUCGAAGAGACAAGUUCUAAGAUCUUUUAAGAGUUAACAACAAUAAGGGGAGAUAGAUAUAUUAUACAACCAUCUGCCGUUAAGAAGGAAAUGAGCAACAUGAGGGUGAAGGAUAUCAGGCCGGCGCCCGCCGAAAUUGAAUACAAAAACAUGAAGUUCCUCAUCACCGAUCGGCCCAAUGAUCAAACCAUCCAUACUUUUAUUCAAGAACUGAAAAAGCACAAUGUGAAGGAGGUGGUGAGAGUCUGCGAACCAACGUACAAAGUCGAAGAACUUAAGUCGGAAGGGAUCAAUGUGAUAGAUUUGGUGUUUGAUGACGGUACAUUCCCGCCUAACGAGGUGGUGGAUGAAUGGUUCGAAUUGCUGAAAAAUCGAUUCCGGGAAUCGCCUGACGCGUGUGUAGCAGUACACUGCGUCGCGGGUCUCGGCAGAGCACCAGUCCUGGUAGCGGUGGCUCUCAUUGAACUCGGGCUUAAGUUCGAAGAUGCCGUUGCCCUAAUCAGGGAGAAAAGACGAGGCGCCAUAAACGCGAAGCAGUUGACUUUCCUUGAGAAGUAUCGUCCCAAGUCUCGAUUGAAGAUUAAGAACGGGCAGAAGAACUCCUGCUGCAUCCAGUAGACGGAAGGAUCUCUCUUCGAAGAGCGGAAGACAGAAAAGUCACUAAUUCACGAUUGAUAUAGGUUUUGACGUCUGGCAACAAAAACCGGUAUAUUGUAGCGAAUCUGUUUUGAAUGGCCUAUCAAUGGAAAUGCAACCGUGAUGAAGAACUGCAACUUGCCAGUUGCGAACAACCAGCCGCAAUUUUGAGGCACAUUCUGUCUGUCCAAUUAUGUAUCUUGAGACGAGCCGUUAACACGUGAAUUGCUUCAAAUUGUUGCUGUGUUUCCUUUUAUGAAAAACCUGUAUUUAUUUUUGAUACUUAAUCGAUAUUGAUCGUAAUAAGACAGAAGUUAAGCUUUAAAACUGUGUAAUAACUAUUAACUUUAAAAUAUUCGCCAGUCAUUAUUAUUGCUACUCUCGCUCGCUCGUGCGUAAAAUACGAAUCGCGACACCAGAUUUUUACUCACACGCAUUGUUCAUUAUACGCUUCCCCUCCAAUGUGGCGAACGAAAAGUUCAUUGUGUAAAUCAUCGUUGCAAGCUUGUGAUCGAUUUAUAUUGGAGAAAUUUCAAUCAUAACUAUAUUGUAAACGGCUAAUAUAUGUGAUGUACGAAUCGCGGCUCUUCGCUUAAUUUUUCUUUUUCAUCUUUUUAUCAUCAUCGAUAAUUAUACAUUGUGUUUGAGGAAGUAGGAAAUGUAGGAUAUUUCUAAUUUGUAGGAUUUUUAACAAACCGUUAGAAAAUUACUGUUAAGAUUACAUUGAGUGAUUACGGUCUACAUUUCCAGAUAAGCGUAGCCAAGAGACAAAUACCCCAUUAUGAGGAAACCAUAGAAUUCUUUUUCUUUUUACAAAGCAUGUGCAAAAAUGACUCAAAGACAUCCGAAGUGGAACGUUAGACUCGAAUUUCUUUUUCGUCUCAAAAAAAAGGGGGGGAGUACAUCUUGACUACCUGAUCACUCUUUGGAAGCGUCUUAUAAAAAUCUAUUUUUUACAAAAUAUGUUUAGAAUAAAAAGGAGCUAUAUAUGUAUACAUGCGCAUUUUUUUAAAUGUCUAACAUAUGUAUGGUUUUGAUAUAACGUAUCGGUCGCAGCUUUGUAAGACGAACGGACACGAUCGAUGUCACAAUUAUUUUUACGAUGAAUCAGGAUCAGCCUCACAGCAACGAGGAGUUGUGAAUCUUGCGAUGUAAACAUGCGCUGUGCCAAGUGCUGGGUGCUAAGUUUGCGAAACGCGUGACAUUGCAAAUCUGCCGAAAAUUUCUUUUUUUUUUUUUUUGCCGCUCCUGCGAGUGGUCACGAGGUUGAGUCCACGGCUAAUAUUAACUUUUGUCAACACAAUACAAAUUGCAGAGAGAGAAACACAGUCGAUGCUUGGUUUACUUGUAUACAUACACACACGUGUAGAUAUAGAUACGUACAUCUGUCAAAACAAAUGUACUUUUCCUUUUUUAAUAUUCUCGAAUACACGCGAAUUGUAGUAGCGAGGCGCGUUUUUCAGAUCUUUCGAAAAUAUAACUCGCGCGAGCGUUCUUUAAAGAUUCGUCCACAGAUUUAAAGAACGCACGAAGAGAACGCGUUGUCACGUGCGUGUAUUGCGUUGCAUUUCCAAUGGCAUGCCGAACCGCUGAUGGAUGUUCUUAACUCUUAUUGGACUUGGAAUCUGCGUUAACUUGAACGACGAGCACACGAAUAACUCGAGAAUAAUGAGAAACUAACGCGAGGUAAAAAAAAAAAGAAAAAAAAACAGAAAAGAAAAAAGAAUCACACUCCAGAGUUGUAUAUCACGUUUAUCGUAGCUCAACGACAAUUUCACCAAAAUGUUUGCAUAUCUAUUAUAUAUGAACUUUUUAGUGCGGAAACAAAGGGAUAGAUUUUUCAAUCUGACACAAGCAUUUUAUGUGAAAGCCAUCGUCGUCUUCUAUUUUGGUAAAAUUGUCAAUGACGCUAUACGCCACACUAAACUGUGUUCAAAGGAUAGAAAAAGAAAUUCACUCGUAAACUAAUAACGAAUAUAAUAACUUAGAAAACAUUUCGCCCGGCGUCUGCCGAUUUCACGUGAAUGUACGCACUUUGUAAACGAACCGAUGCGCCGCCGCCAUCUUCGCUUCCGACUGUCUCUCGCGCCGUCCGACAACAAUAGACACGCGCCGAAAAUGGUUUCUCCGACGAUUACGCGGCGAUGAUCAAGCUUUGCUUUUGCGUACACACAUACAUACACCAUGCUAUGUUCGACCCCAACCGUGUUGAAUCGUCGCGGUUACCGGCACCGGCGCGCGGUCGUAUCUCCAGAGCGCAGCGACUCAUCGUCGUCGUCGCAUUAUUUUCUUUUGACCGGCAAUAUUCACCUUUUAUUCCGCAAGACACGACCGAUCGACGUUCAGUUAUCCGGUGGACAGCGAGCAAUCCAUCUCUCCUCCGCAAAAGCGCCUUUUCCGAUUGCCGUGCGUGUGUUUUUAUAACGGGUGACGACACACGAUUGUGUAUACAACGGAGUACAUUCACGCGCUACGAUCGCAGAUACUCGGAUUGAAAUCUAAAUCUGGUACAUCUCCUUUUUUGUAAUAUUAAAAAAUUGCAAUAUUUUUUACCAGAGGAUGGGACGAGGGGAUAUUCGUAGAAAAGAAAAAAAGAUGAUCCAACCUUAGAUACAAAAGUAACAUUACUCUUUAUUAUUCACUCCUAAUUUAAUUACGAUAAUUAAAAAGCAAUUGGACACGCGCGUCUUCUUUUCCGAUAUAUCGAGCUCCCCCCUUUUUCAAACAGGCACGCCCCGACAUCGUGCGGGAGGGUAGGCGUGGCCUCGAAAGAGACAAGUUACCAUGCAAUGAUUUUCAUCAUUUAGCUAUUGCUUUUGCACACAUCGAUUCACUUCUUCAAGACGUGUAGUUAAUCCGAUAAAUAACUAUAAAUGUAAAAUGUCUUCUUUUUUUUCUCUCUCCUCUUCUCUUUUCUUUCAUAUCUGUGAUAGGUUUUUCCUCGUGUGCAUAAAGAAGGCGCAGACUGAGAGAAAUAGUGUAGAGCGACAAUUGCGAUGUUGAAACUACUGUGAUGCUAAGUGUAAAUGCUUGCGCGGUCUCCUGUGUAGAAAAUUAUGCACGUUGCUGUUUCGUUCGGAAAGUUGAAUGUUAAAUUGCAAUUUAACAGGUUGAAAAAUCACAUACUUGUGCAAUAAUGCUAUUUAUAAACGAUAUACAUACGAGAGCGUGGAAUGUUGUUUCUCUCGAAGAAAUGAAUCGAAUCGCUGCUGCAAAAACGUUAACAAUCGCUCGAAGAAACGUAAUUGCAUAAAUGAAUCUUUCUUUUCUCAAUAGCUACUUGAUGAUCUCGAUAAUACGAUAAUUUUACGCGCCGAUAAAAACCUUUUUGCGUUUAAUUACACGUUCAAUGUGAAUAUUCGAAGCAAGAACAAUUUAGAUAGCAAAGAAAUCCUCUAUUUUGAACCGACGUAAUAAAAUAAGAACAAUCACUCCCUACAAAUUGAUUAUACAAAAGAAAAGAAAAAAAAAAAGGAAUAAAAGUAACGAGUUAGCGCAAUUUAAA